AUGCCAUGUCCCGUAGUGUGCAAACAACGCAUACAAGAGGACUUACGGAUCACAACGACACCGGGCGUUAGAGAGUGGAACCUACCCACCACACUGAGACCAGUUGAAGAAGGCGCAGGUACACCAACUCGAAACUGUCUAGGAUGGGCGAGAGCCGCCACGUUGACCAAUGACCAGCUAGCAUUCCUGGAAAGCGCAAAUAUAAUGGAAGACGCGUUUCCGACAAAAUUUCCACGCUUUCAAUAUAACGUGGAUUUAUUUGAGAAAGUUUCUCUUGCACUCAGCAUUCCUGGAAACGUACGGUCUACGAUACAGAUCAUGAAUCGAGGAAGAAAUAACCGUGGAAGAGGUGGCUUUGGACGCCAACCUUAUAAUGAAUACCGGGCAGAACGUCCCCCCAUUGAGUUUGAUAGAGAAGACAGACAGAAGAACACCACCAAUCAAGGUAAAGGCAAUAAAUUGAGCAAUAGAGAUAAGCAGCGCGCAGAAGCAUACCGGGUUAUUGAAGGGUUUGUAGAUAUAGAAGCUGGGGAACGUAGUGAUAAUGUUGCUGAUAAACAUGGUCCCGAUGCUAUAUGGGGCCAUUUAAAACCAGUCAUAGAUUUUAUUAAAGAAAAACUUCCCACGAUUCGCCGCAUCCACUUUUGGUCUGAUGGACCCUCAUCGCAAUAUCGUCAAAAAUACAACUUUUUUCUGUUUUGUGAAAUAACGCAAAAUGAAGGAUUCCAUCAAGCGACCUGGUCCUUCUUCGAGGCAUCUCAUGGCAAAGGUGCAGCCGAUGGCGUUGGUGGAGUGGUGAAAAGAACAUUAGAUGCAAGAGUUGCCUAUGGUAAAGAUAUUGUUGAUGCGAAGUCUGUAUUUGAAAUAAUAUUAGAAUCAGAAAUAUCAGUCAAGACAUUUUAUGUUUCUUACGAAGAUAUAGAAAAUAUUAAAAUAUCUAAUCCAGCAACAAUUUUACCAAUACCAUCCACAAUGACAAUUCACCAAGUCAUAGUCACUGAAAAUAAAAAUACCGUUAAAUACAGACCUCUAAGCUGCUUCUGCUCGCGAGAUUCAUCUUCCGAAGGUACGGAUACGGAGAUCGAGUAUGUCGAAAGCGAUCAAUCUGAUUGGAUAGAAGAUGAAUAUUUUGAUGAUAAUGAUCUAAAAAAA